AUGAGCCGCCGCGUCCUCUCCCUUCUCGCCCUGCCUGCAGGGGUGUCCGUGGCCGCGGCUGCGGCAGGCUUCCAGCUUCUCUGCCAGGGAGUUGAGCACCCUGCGGAGAAAAAGGCCAGUGAGAAAGAGGAAAAGGCAAUCUUUAACUGCCUGGGGAAAAGCAGAAGGCAAACCAAGCCAUGCAACCUGACCGGCUGGUGGGAGAAUGAUCUGGGCUCCAAGAUGCAAGUGUUCAAGGUUGGCAACGACGGAACCUUCUCUGGGGAGUACCACACUGCCGUGUCAAGCGCCAAGAAACCCAUCCAGGUGUCCCCACUGACUGGCUCCCAGCACCUGGAUGAGGAUGGACAGUGCACCUUUGGCUUCACUGUCAACUGGAAGAAGUUCUCAGACUCCACAGCUGUCUUCGUGGGCCAGUGCUUCAACGGGGAUGAUGGGAAGGAGGUCCUGCACACCUCCUGGCUGCUGCGGGAGAAAGUCGACUCGGAGACGGAUGACUGGAAAGCCACCAGGACCGGCCACAACACCUUCACUCGAAGGGGCUGAAGGAGGCAGAAGCACUGCCUUCUCUGCCACACUGCACUGCACCUUA